GACAGAGUGGGUGAUGAGGUGAAGGUGUUUGGACUGCAGGCGGACAUGUGGCAGCCUUCAAGGAAUGAUAUCUUCGUCCGCUUUAACCUCACCAAAAAAGGCUUUGCAGACACCAGGGACCUGAGCCUCUGCUACCGUGCUAAGGCCUCUAGUCUGGAGCACAUCGAGGCGUAUAUCUCCUUCGCCGUAUCAAGCGACAAUGUUGACUCCCUAGUUAUAAUGCGCAUUGGCUCCAAACUUGACGUGUACAUCCACGACGUGGGACAACCUGGCUUGACGGACUUCCACACGGACCUGGUACUUCACCGCUGGGAGCACCAUUGCCACAUUUUCUCCCAAGGCUUCUACCGAGCCUUCGUUAACGGCGAGGAGAAAGCGAGUGGACCUCUCAUAUCUGAGGACGGUUUGUUACCCCUCAACAGCACCCUUUGUUUCGGUAUGGAACAAGACGCCGUUGGGGGAGGCUUCGACAGGACGCAGAUCUUCCGCGGGCACAUGGCGCAAGUUAACAUCUGGAACAAGAAAAUUAGCGACACGGAAAUACAGGACAUUGCCUCUUGUAGGAUCUAUGGCGAAGGGAAUGUUUUCUCCUCAGACGUAGAUGUCUUGGAGGAAGUAGGAACAACUCUCGAUAUAGUGCCUCUUGCUGAACUCUGUGUUCCCGAAAGUGAUUUUGUUGUCUUACCGAUGAUGUUUGAUAUAUACGAAGCAAGAAUGGAGUGCUACAGAAUGGGCUAUGCUCUUUUUGCUCCCGAGUCUCCGAGGAAGAAUAAAGACUUAUACAAUACCUCCCUACAGUUCCUGGACUCCUGUACGAACACCUACCACAUGUGGAUUGGAAUAGAUGACGAACAAGAAGAAGGAGUUUGGCAAAAGGCUUCUGACAACUCAGUCUUGACGGAUUUAUCGUUCGAAUCUGGUCAGCCUGAUGGAUUGACCAUUCAAAACUGUGUAUAUAUGUCUGUGUUUACUGGUUUGUGGAGCGACGAAGCAUGUGGACUCGGCAUCCUGUCGUGUAUCUCCUGCACGAAGAGGCAGAAUCCUCCUCUGAGGCUUAGAGGCAUGUGCUUCAGGACGGAGGCUGAGAGUUCUUUUGAAAUCCUUGGAUAUAUCAGCGGUAGGCCGUUCUUUCAUGGCUUCUACGGAUUAAUGAUGUACAUGACGGACCCGGGAUCAUGGGUAUUAUUUGACACAAAAAACAAUGAAACAUUAGCCAGUUUGGUACUGACUUCAGUGAGUGACUAUCCAGUAGGUCGAAAAGUUUGGAUAGUCAACAACCCUGUGUGUGACCUCCCCCAAAAUUCUAAAUUCGAGCUCAGCCUCUCGCCCUGCCACAAAUCAGAGUAUACGUGUGCUAAUGGAGACUGUAUUACCAAAGAACAACGCUGUAAUUCCCAAGACGACUGCGCUGAUCUCUCCGACGAGAACGGGUGCCACCUUGUGAUGAGGCCGGAAAGCUACCGUGUCGAGAGACCACCGGACUCCCUGGUAGAAGGAAGACCCGUGGAACUUAAGUCCUUGGUUCAAAUUCUACGGUUCACAGACAUUAAUGACAUCAAGAGAAUCGUCAGCGUAGAACUUAACCUGAUGAUUAUCUGGAAGGACACUCGGCUAAAGUACCUCAACCUGAAGAACACGAGGGAGUGGAACAGGCUGGGGCAAGAGGAAAUAGACGGCAUCUGGAGACCUAUCCUGGAAUUUCCUAAUGUACAUGACGGUAAUGUGAGGUUGUUGAAAGAGAGACUCUACCUAGAGAAGUCCGGAGAUCCACUUCCUACAGAAUUCAAUGAUAUUAAAAUGGAAUCAGUGUACUCGGGGGAGUCGACAUCACUGGUGCAGAUACAGCAUUAUAGCGGAACCUACGCCUGCCACUUCGACGUGUUCUACUACCCAUUCGACAAGCAGCGGUGCUCAGUGUUACUCCAGCUCUCCUCUGUUAGGCAGGACAACGUCACCUUCACCCAGGAGGGCGCUCAAGUGGAGUACAUGGGCUUCGAAGAACUCCCGUUGUUCGUUGUCAAUAAGUUCGAAGUCGUGGCAACACAUAGGGGCGACAACGACACACGGUACAGCGUCUUGUCGGUGGAGUUUCAGCUGAGUCGACGGUGGACGGUGAUUAUGAUGAACCUUUAUUUCCCCACCAACCUGCUUCUGGCCACUGGGUACGCCACGCUCUUCCUCAGUGUGACCGACCAGGGGGACCGCAUGACCCUGAGCCUGACCACCCUACUCGUGCUCUACACACUCUUCAACAACAGCUCUGAUUCCCUCCCCGUCACCGCCUACGUCAAGAUGAUCGACAUGUGGUUUCUCUAUUGUAUCCUUCUCCUGUUUUUCAUCAUCGUCUGCCACACCGUCGUCAAGCCUAAGAUCCACCAAGUACACGAUAUCGCCAGUCCUCCAUCACUAAAGAUCACCAAGAUGUUGAAUCAAGUGCCUCCGGAGGUUCUCUUGAAAAUCGUGAGGGUGUUCGUGGUGCCCGGCUUUGUGGUACUCUUCAACACCGUCUACUGGGCAGCUCUCCUCCGCUCUCUGUCGAAAUAAGUGACGUCGCUGAGUUAUACAUCGUCUGGAAGUUAUUCAUUUUUCAUUCACGUGGACACUUCACCUCACGCCUGAUUACUGCAUAAGGAAGGGGGGAACGAGAGACGAGUCCUACAACAAGGGCAACCUCUUUUAAGAAUUACUUUUGGUCAUCGCAACGGGGUCUCAAAGUUCUCUUAAUCAGGUAGUCAGUCAGUCAGUACGUCACACAAAGUCAGUUAACCAGUCAAGCAGGCAGUCAGGCACUCAGUCAGUCUGCCACACACAGUCAGUCAGCCAGCCAGCAAAGCAUGCAGUCAAACACGAUUAGUAUUCACAGAGCUGACUCAUGUACCUGAUGAAUUAGGAAAAAAAGAACCACCCACAUACAACAGAGGAGGAGAACAACCUUGAGGAACUCCCUGAUAUCUGACCUGAUGUAUCCCAGGACUCUUGAGUUACUAGCAACCCGCAAGACACGCACACACAAAAAGGUUAGUCAUUCAGAUAGAUUAGUUUAUUCUCAUUGUACCAAGAUAAAUUGACUUUCUCAGCUGAAAUACUAUAUAAUAUGCUGUAAAUGUAUAACUCGUUGCACAGUAUAUAUACUGUAUAUUGGCCAGAGGGAAGGGGAGGUAUGUUAAGCCCAGAGCGGCGCUUAAUUCACCUCAACACGCACACCCCCCACACAGCUAACUUUGUUUCAUUGUUUUCACAGCUAUAUCUCCGCCUCUCUCUCUCUCUCUCUCUCUCUCUCUCUCUCUCUCUCUCUCUCUCUAUUCAUCUCUCUCUCUUUCUCUCCGGCC